ACUGUGUGUCACAUCUCUAAAACAUCUGAAUUACAUUGGGAACCAGCUGCUCUCACUGCAGUCGACUACAAGUCAACUAUGCCGAGUGUAACAGCUGAAAAAAGUCUUGCUAACAUAUCCACGAGUAUCCAUGGGGAUGGAAAUGACACCCACAAGGAGCAAUACCUAAAUCAACUAGUGCAGCUCGAUGAAGCUCUUUACAAAGAUUACUACAGUCUGUGGCUAGCCUUGAUGAUAAUUAAUGUCCUCAUAUUUGUGGUUGGCAUUGUCCUCAACAGCGUUGCAUUGUAUGUUUUCUGCUUUCGCACCAAGACUAAAACCACAUCUGUCAUCUACACUGUAAACCUGGUAAUCACGGAUUUGAUGGUUGAUUUCUCCUUAUUGACCAGGAUAAUACUGUAUUGCAGUGGUGGCAAAUGCCUGACAUGCACAUUUGUGCACAUAUUCAGCUACUUUGUGAACAUGUACUGCAGCAUUCUGUUCCUGACCUGUAUCUGUGUUGACAGAUACCUUGCCAUCGUUCAGGUUGAAGCAUCACGCAAGUGGAGGAACCCCCACUAUGCCAAAGGGAUUUGUGUCUUUAUCUGGCUCUUUGCCAUCAUUGUCACCUAUUCUAUACUCAGCACAGCAAUCAAGUAUGCUGCGUGCUGCCUGUCCAAGUUCUUCGCUCUGACUGUGUUUGAGUACUUUCUGCCUCUGUUGAUCAUCACGGGCUUCACCAUAAGGAUCAUGUGUGCCCUUGCCAAGUCAAACCUAAUGCAGCAGAGCAGAGAAAAGCGCAUGAGAGCUGUCCAACUUCUAGUCACAGUCCUGGUUAUUUUCAUGAUCUGUUUCACACCCUUUCAUGUCCGGCAGGUUGUGGUCUACAUCAAGCCUGAUAUCCCGCCGCACAUCAACCUAAUUGUGUACCAUGUCACAGUGACCCUGAGUAGCCUCAACAGUUGUCUGGACCCAAUUGUCUACUGCUUUGUCACUAACAAUUUCCAGUCCACUAUGAGGAACAUCUUCGUCAAGACUGUGCCUGAACAGGCCAGUGGGGAUGUCAUCAGCAUGCCAAAGAGCUCUAAAGCAUCGAUGAUAAAGUCAUCGUGUGAACGCACAAUGAUGAAUGGCCCAGCAUUGGACAGCGAACAAUGAGCAGAACACAAAACUAUGCCGUUCAAAUAUGAAGAUGCAGACUUUAAUACGUCGAUUUUUCUUACUUUCCCCUUUUGUUUCAUUUUGUGCCUUGAUGUUCAUAAUACAUCAUUUUGUUCGGUUGAGAUGAAAGUUACUCAAGGUCUCCUUUACAAGUGAAGAAUGGCAGACCUGUUUCUUCAGUUUAGGUUAUGUUCCAUUAGUUGUAAGACUAUAUGGUGUUGGCUGACAAAGAAAAGAGAAAUAAAAGUCACAAUGUUUGCCUCAUUGUUUAAUAAUAUGGGACAGAUAUCCUUGGCCCUCCACCAAAUACAAUGGAAAACUCUUCAUUCUCCUUGUAAAAACAUUUUUUUCAAGAGAAAUCAGCAGUGUGUAUCUACCUGUCUGUUCUAACUUUCCAUUAUUGCUACUUCACUUAGGGUGAUGCCUGAGAAAUGUUGAAAAUAUUUUGUGAAAUUCUCUAAUUUAUUAACCACAAGCAUACCAACCAUUUUAUAACACUGUUUUUUUUUUGUUUUUUGUA